GUUCGGAGCGGAUCCCUACGUAGCUCCUCCGCGUGGAAACCGCCUGUGGAACUGCGCUCGCUCCGUUGGUGGCCUCUAGUGAGAUUUCAGCGUUUCAGUGCUUAGAAACGGACAAAGUUAUACAGACAUUUUAAAGCCAUGGAUAACACGACGAAGGCUUGUGUGUUGGUGCUGGUGGUGGUGAUGGCUGGAGGUCUGUGCUCCGCCGUAGACCUGCAAGACGCGCUCAAGAUGGCACAAUGCAGAGCGCACUGUCUUGAUAAGUUCGAGAAAGACAUUUCCCUGCAAGACGACGCCAGCUGUCAUCAGAACUCCAACUGCUUUAUGUGCUGGGAGAACUGCGAACUGCUCGCGACCAACUACCCCAUCUGGAGUAUCACCUGCGGCCAAAGAGACAUUUGUGGAGAAGGAUGUGAAGCCGCCUGCAACUUCCACUCCGCGCACCCGAACAGCGUCGUGCCUCUGAGUCAACACAAUUCCCGCCUCACUCUCGUGUUCAGCGGGUGGGCAGCGCAAUGGACUCUCUCUUGGGGGCGCAGCGCGGCGCAGGAACAUGUGGUCUUCGCUCUCUUCACCAGGACCCCCGGCAAGUCCUGGGACCUCCGUCUCCAGACCGCUGACUUCGGCACCGCUCUUGACGAUCUUCCAACAGGAUCCGACAUGAAGCUGGUUGCCGUGGCCGAGUCCGGCGUCCUCUCCGUGAUCAUCACCCCGUAUGCUCCCCCUGCGCACCCCAGGGGGAGCGUGAAGCCCGCCCUCGGCUCCUCCCGGGAGCAGUCCUCCCAGGAAAUGCCCGAGAACAACAGCAUCGAGAUGGACGGCUCCGACCUGUGGCCUCUCCUUCACGAAGCCGAGGUCGAGGACUCGGGUCUCGUGGCCGCCCGCGUGUGGUGGGCGCCCCAGAACCCCCGCGGCGGAGACUACCUGGUCACCUGGGAGGUGGAGGGAGGUGGCCUCAAGGGGCACCUGUACACUGACCUCCCCGAAGUUGACCUGACCCUGUGGCCCGAGACCGUCUACCACGUGCAGGUAGAGCUCGUGACCGGCCCCCUGGGCGAACCCCUCCGCUCCGCUCAGCUCACCCUCGACACGCACAACAUCACCCUCGCAGCUCAGCAGAAGCAGAACGAGAUCACCCCUACCCUCCCCCUCGUGCACCGCUUCGUCACCCCCGUCCAGCUGGAGGUCGUCCUCGGAGUGGGCGCCGGAGUGCUGGCUGCCCUCUUGGUGGUGGUGGUCCUUGUGUGGAGGAGGCGCCAGGCAUCGGCGCUCACCUACGAGACCUCUUCCACUGCGUCCACCACCAAGUGGGGCGCCUGGAACCGCACGCUGUCCGACCUUACCCUCGACGAAUCUCUGGUCGUGAAGAGCCACAAGUUCCCCGAGAGCGCCCCGACGCACUCGACGCCCGUGCGCCCGACCAACGUGCCCGUCUUCACGCUUCCUCCUCCUCCAGGCUCAACCUCGACCUCCCUCCUGACCCUCGGCCGCCCCGCACAGGCCCAGGUCAACCUCUACAGCGUCGUGCCUCCCCUACUGGACCAUAACAACGGCAAAGUCUCGAGGAUCUAAGUCCAAAACAAGACAUUUUUCUUCCCUCAAGACAAGUCCCCAUAUUGCGGAGGAAUGUGUUACUGUGCUGUGAUCGCCGUGUUCGUGCCGAGCGUGUGCUGACUUGGAAACGAAAAUCUACGCAAGUGAUUCUUCAGUGAGAAAGAAUUGUCUGUCGAAGGAGAGUAGCGUGUUCACACAUUCCAGUGUCUAUAUGGCGUAUCGUGGGGCUCUGUCAGAAGCUGUAUCCUAGGAGUAUUUCCCCCAAUUUCUUUGGGACAUUUAGUCACUUAGGGUUUUUGUAUUGGAAGCCAAAGUUCCUAUUAUCAGCAAGUGGACCACAGAAGGAAAAAAGGAAUUGUAAGAUUAAUUUCCGAGAGAAAAUAGUGUACUAGUUCUAUAUAUUUCGUACAUUUAGUGUACAUAUCCUUUCAUUAUAUAUUCGUGGUCCGCACAGCAUGUUUUCCAUGUGUGAGUGAGAAAAUCAUAUUUUAUGUAUUAUCCACUAUGUAUAUAUGAAGCCAAAGAGAAGAGUGAGUAAGCCAGUGAGCAAGUAUUGGAUCUCGAGAUGAAUCUUAAAAGAAAUUUCACGAAUUUUGGCCCAUUGAGAGAAAGAAAAAAGAAGAUGUGUGCUAUUAUUAUAACUAAUACACACUCUCCAAGCCCAGUUUUCGGACUGCUCUUUCACCCACGAUCGGAUCUCUGGGACCAUCGCCGUGGAGUUCAAGUGUUUCACAGGAGUUCAUUACGAGCCAGUGAGUAAGUGUGUGAGACGUGUGAACAUCGUCCAUAUUAACAUGUAUCAUAACUAUCCUAACUCUAAGUCAGUAAUGUCAUGUCACAUUGUUACUUUCUUGUUGGCAUUGUACUGUAAGUGUAUAUAUUGUAAUUAUUUAUAUUGUGUAUAUAGCUUUUUUUACGAAAUAAAAACC